AUGAUUCCAACACCAUCGCUGUCACAUCUGACGAAGCAAGAUUUCCGCAGCGUCUACGAGCCAGCAGAAGACAGCUUCAUCCUCCUCGACGCACUCGAAGCCGACGCCUCUUCCCUUACCGCCACCUUUUCACACAGAGCACCUAUAUGCGUCGAGAUCGGCUCGGGUAGCGGUAUCGUCACUACAUUCCUCUCGCAGAUUCUCGGCUCAGCUUCAGCGGAAUUUGUAGCGAUAGAUCUCAAUCCGCACGCCAACACGUGUACCCGAGCAACAGGAAAAGCGAACGGUGUACACGUCGAGGCUGUCAGGACGUCGUUGCUAUCAGGACUAGGAUCCAGGCUGGAAGGAAAAGUGGACGUGUUGCUGUUCAACCCACCAUAUGUGCCGACAGAGGAAGAGGAAGAGAUGAUGGCACAGGGCAGAGCUCGAAUCGAAGGGUCUUGGGCUGGAGGAGCGACAGGAACGAGGUUGGUAGAUGAGCUGAUUGAUGGACAUGUGAUCAGAGAUGUGCUUGCAAGCCAAGGAAGAUUCUACUUGGUAGCGAUCAAGCAGAACGAUCCAGCAGGGCUGGUCAAGAGGUUGACAGCGCAAGGUCUGAAUGCAGAGGUAAGUAGUCGAUAUGCGCAAAAGGUGCUGCAUACUUGA